UCGCGUGGUACAGAGUUGGAGCAGAUCAGCCUUGUAGGCGAUCGUCAAGCUUCACUCUAUUUGACAGGGCCUGGGCUUGUUCACUAUGAAGGUCUCUACACUCUUCGCGUUCCUUCCGGUAGCCUUUGCGGCACCAGCUGCUGUUCAAAAGAGAGCUGCCCCUACCGUCACAGCCCCUGCUGCCGGUGCCACCGUCGUGGGAAAGUCAGCCUCAAAUGUCGAGACCUUCAAUGGCAUCCCGUUCGCGAAGCCUCCCGUUGGACAACUGCGACUCAAGCCGCCGCAGCCUUUGACCUCCGCAGUUGGGAACGUCGACGGCACCGCGAUACCGAAAGCAUGUCCGCAGUUCUUCUUCAGCCUUGAUGAAAGCAACUUCCCCACCAAUAUCCUUGGAGAAAUCCUGAACACUCCGCUUUUCCAAGCUGCCACCAAUGCCGGCGAAGACUGCUUGACCCUCAAUGUCCAGAGACCGGCCGGCACAACAAGCAACUCCAAGCUCCCAGUACUCUUCUGGAUUUUCGGCGGCGGCUUCGAGCUCGGCUCAACGCAGAUGUACGACGGCACAUCUCUGGUCCAGGAAUCCGUGUCACAAGGGAAGCCGAUCCUCUUCGUUGCGGUCAACUACCGCGUUGGUGGCUUUGGCUUCCUUCCCGGGAAAGAGAUCCUUGCUGAUGGAUCUGCAAAUCUCGGCCUACUUGACCAAAGGCUGGGAUUGCAAUGGGUUGCUGACAACAUUGCUUCAUUUGGAGGUGACCCCGAUAAAGUCACCAUUUGGGGAGAGAGUGCGGGCAGUAUUUCGGUGCUGGACCAGAUGGCACUUUACGACGGCGAUAACACAUAUAACGGGAAGCCCUUAUUCAGAGCUGGCAUCAUGGAUUCAGGCUCCAUCGUCCCGGCAGACCCUGUCGACUGUCCUAAAGGUCAAGCCGUUUACGACCAAGUUGUCGCCGAAGCAGGCUGCUCCAGCGCCAGCGACACACUCGCCUGCCUUCGUGCCGCUGACUACACCACCUACCUCAACGCGGCCAACUCGGUGCCGGGCCUGCUCUCCUACUACAGCAUCGCUCUCUCGUACCUACCCCGCCCUGAUGGCAGCGCCCUAACCGCCUCCCCGGACGUUCUCAUCCAAUCCGGUAAAUACGCAAAGGUGCCCUUUAUCGUCGGCGACCAGGAGGACGAGGGCACUCUGUUUGGUCUGUUCACGCCGAAUCUCACCACCAAAGCCGACAUCGUCAACUACCUCUCUACAAUUGUCUUCCCGGCUACGGAUAAGAGCGUGCUUGAGGGAUUGGUCGCAACGUAUCAGACCAUCAUCGAGGACGGGUCUCCGUUCCGCACGCUGUUGCUGAACAAUUGGUAUCCGCAGUUCAAGCGCAUAAGCGCCAUCUUCGGCGAUAUAGUUUUCACUCUGACGCGCCGCAUUUUCCUCGAAACGGCCUCGCUAGUGAAUCCCGACGUCCCGAGCUGGUCGUACCUUGCGACGUACGACUAUGGGACGCCCAUCCUCGGAACAUUCCAUGGCUCGGACCUUCUGCAGGUCUUCUACGGUAUCCUACCUAACAACGCGGCGAAGAGCAUCCGUGGCUAUUAUUACAGCUUCAUCUACGACCUCGACCCUAACUCAAACAACAACCUGGACGACUGGCCGCAGUGGAGCGAGAGCCAGCAGCUGAAAGCAUUCGCGGCGAACAGUAAUUCGCUUCUUAAGGACAACUUCCGCGCUGACUCGGCGGAGUUUAUUAAGAGUAAUGUAGCGGAGUUGUACAUUUGAGACAUGGCCGCCCGAGGCUAUGCUGGGGGCUGAAGGCGAUUGGAAGCGCACACGGCUCCAGAUGAAAAGCAUUUGUUUAUGAUGGAAAUGACUGAGAUGACUU